AUGUGCAGCAUUCUAGCAUUCUCUAUCGACUUUCUUCAAUCACCUCCCAGGUUGUUAAUAUAUACAAGGGAAAACAAUAAAGGAGUGCACAGUUUCAAAUUUGCUCUAUGAAAAAGAUAGUAAGAAUCCAAAAUUAUUUCAAUCCCCAUUUAUGGCUAGAGGAAUGCCUAUUUGUUUAAUGUUUGGCAGAUGCUAAUUUUAAAACAACGGUAAGCUAAUUUAUUUAAAUCUAAAUAAUUUCUGUUAUUUUGUUUCUUUAAUAGUGCUGAUAGUGCAUGCAAACAUACAGCUGCUGCUCUGCUCGAUUUGGAAGCAACUAUUAGGAGAAAUGAGCUGGAGAUUUACACAUCAGUGUCUUGCCUUUGGGUGAAACGGAAAAGAAUUACAGAAAAUGCUGUGCUAAUGGAAGAUGUAAAAUUUCAAAAAUCAGAGGAUGGGAAAAUACCAAAGGAUUUUCAAACACCUCACGAUUAA